CUUUUUUCUAAACAGAUCUAUGAAAAUAUGCAUCAGUUUAAUACUGUCUUGGAAUUCAUGAGAUGGAAGCAUAGGUCAAAGCUGUUUGGAGAAAAUUGGAGGCACAGUUUUACCUCUAGCCACAUCUCUGAGGAGUCAGGAGAAAGCAGUGGGAAUUGGAGUCAUUGUAAAGUCAUUGAGACCUUAUACAAGAAAAUCUCAUUGGAUAAAAGUCACUAAACUAGUGACCUAACAAGACCAGUUAUUAAAAGUGACAGUGUACAGGAAACAUUGAAAUUGAACAAUGACUCAGCUGUACAUUUAUAUCACAUUAUUGGGAGCCUAUCUAUUCAUCAUUUCUCAUGUUCAAGGACAGAAUCUAGACAGUAUGCUCCACGGCACUGGGAUGAAAUCAGACUCCGACCAGAAAAAGUCAGAAAGUGGAGUAACCCUAGCACCGGAAGAUACCUUGCCCUUUUUAAAGUGCUAUUGCUCAGGACACUGCCCCGACGACGCCAUUAACAACACGUGCAUAACUAAUGGGCACUGUUUUGCCAUCAUAGAAGAAGAUGACCAGGGAGAAACCACAUUAGCUUCAGGAUGUAUGAAAUAUGAAGGAUCUGACUUUCAGUGCAAGGAUUCACCGAAAGCCCAGCUUCGCCGGACCAUAGAAUGUUGUCGGACCAAUUUAUGUAACCAGUAUUUACAGCCUACACUGCCCCCUGUUGUUAUAGGUCCCUUUUUGGAUGGCAGCAUUCGAUGGCUGGUUGUGCUCAUCUCUAUGGCUAUCUGCAUAAUCGCCAUGAUCAUCUUCUCCAGCUGCUUUUGUUACAAACAUUAUUGCAAAAGCAUGUCAAGCAGACGUCGUUACAAUCGUGACCUGGAGCAGGAUGAGGCGUUUAUUCCUGUGGGAGAAUCGUUGAAGGACCUUAUUGACCAGUCACAGAGCUCCGGCAGUGGGUCUGGGCUGCCUCUGUUGGUUCAGCGAACUAUUGCCAAGCAGAUUCAGAUGGUUCGGCAAGUUGGUAAAGGUCGAUACGGAGAAGUGUGGAUGGGUAAAUGGCGUGGCGAGAAGGUGGCAGUCAAGGUGUUUUUUACCACUGAAGAAGCUAGCUGGUUUCGAGAAACGGAAAUCUACCAAACUGUGCUGAUGCGCCAUGAAAAUAUACUUGGUUUCAUAGCAGCAGACAUUAAAGGCACUGGCUCCUGGACUCAGCUCUAUCUGAUCACCGAUUACCAUGAGAACGGGUCUCUCUACGACUUCCUGAAGUGUGCGACACUGGACACCAGGGCCCUGCUCAAGCUGGCAUACUCAGCUGCCUGUGGUCUGUGUCAUCUCCACACAGAGAUUUAUGGCACCCAGGGAAAGCCUGCAAUUGCUCAUCGAGACCUAAAGAGCAAAAACAUCCUCAUUAAGAAGAAUGGAAGCUGUUGUAUUGCUGACCUGGGCCUCGCUGUUAAAUUCAACAGUGACACAAACGAAGUGGACGUCCCCUUGAACACCAGGGUGGGCACCAAGCGGUACAUGGCCCCGGAGGUGCUGGAGGAGAGCCUGGGCAAGCAGCACUUCCAGCCCUACGUGAUGGCCGACAUCUACAGCUUCGGCCUGAUCAUCUGGGAGGUGGCGCGUCGUUGUGUCACAGGAGGGAUAGUAGAGGAGCACCAGCUGCCAUAUUACAACAUGGUGCCCAGUGAUCCAUCCUAUGAAGAUAUGCGUGAGGUUGUGUGUGUCAAGCGUUUGCGGCCAGUUGUGUCUAAUCGAUGGAACAGUGAUGAAUGUCUUCGAGCGGUUUUGAAGCUAAUGUCAGAAUGCUGGGCCCACAACCCAGCCUCCAGACUCACGGCUCUGAGGAUCAAGAAGACACUUGCUAAGAUGGUUGAAUCCCAAGACGUAAAGAUCUGACAGUUCAGCAAUCCUGAGGAGAAAUUCUAGACUGCAAGACUGUUCACCCAAGGAGCGGUGGAGUUAGAGUAGAGUAAGGAUGCUAACUUGGUUCUCAGGCUCUGUCCUCACUACACCUCCACAGGCUGCUAAUGUUAAACCUUUCCGUGCUCUGCAGAAUAUAAGCUGGGAACUUCUAAAACGUCAUUCUUAAUAUACGGACAACUUUACUUUAAAUGUGGUUUCUGAUGCCUUUUUAAAUUGGGUUUUUAUGGACUACAUCGAGACGUCAAUCCUGAUGAAGUCAGUCUCUGGCCAAACUCUGG